AUGUCAGAGUUGAACGGAAAAGUGAUAUAUGUUGGUGGUAUACCGUAUGAUCAAACGGAGGAACAAGUGCUGGACAUUGCAAAAUCCGUCGGACCAGUGGUUAAUACCAGGUUGGUUUUUGACAAAGAAACGGGCAAAUCAAAGGGAUUUGCAUUCGUGGAAUAUGCAGACGAAGAAACUGCUUCUUCAGCCGUGAGAAAUCUAAACAACUACAUGAUUGGAAAUAGGGCAAUAAAGUGCAGUUUUUCAAACGAGAGCUUCAGCAAUUUUAGUAAUGGCUCAAACAACAUCAAGGGCAAGAGGCGUACCGUCACCAAAGACGAGAUACCCCCCUUACCAGCCGGACUUGAGGUGAUGGAUCCAAGACCCGAGAACCUUGCGGGAAUAGUGAGCUCUUCCUUGAACAAUUUGGACGGCAACAGACUCAAAAACCUGAUCAACGAUGCCAAAAUCAUGUCGAAAUCAAACCCAGAGAUGAUGGUCAAGCUGCUGAAACAGAACCCCCAGCUAUCAUAUGCAUUGGUUCAAGCUGCUUUGCUUUUGAACCUCACUGACUCCAAAGAUAUCGCAGGGCUGCUCCAUAACCCUGGUCUCGCGAAUGCCCCCUCAGCACCACAGAACAACGGAAGCACCACCGGUGGCACCAGUGACUUUGACGAGAUCAGCGAAGAGCAAAAACAGAUGAUCAGACAAAUCCUGGCUAUGACUGACGAGCAAAUCCAGCAGGUUCCGGAGGAUCAGAGAUUCCUUAUAGUACAGCUUAAGCAGAAGUACGCCAACGUGCGAUAA